UGUAGACUGUCACACAUAGGAGAUAGCUGAAAACGAUUCGUGCCAUCAUUUUGGUCUAUGGAAAAGCCAAAAACUUAGUGGAGACGGAUUUUGCACUGUGAAAUUUUGAUCAAUCGUAGAAACUUGAACAUUUGAUUACAAAUCCACGUGCCACUAUUCUUUUCUUUCUACAAUUUUUCCAAGAUGGGUGUGCUGCAAUUUGAUGUCAUGGCUGGUGGAGAACGCGCCCCUCGGCCACCAACAUAGUCCACUCAGCGUGUGAACGGCGCGUAUAGGUCAGGUUCAGCGGCGAGAUCGCUGCCGGAUGAAUGUCAGCUGCGACAGGAGGGCAGAAACGCAGUCGUGCGAUCCAUGUGAAAAUCGACAUUAACUAUCAGCUUAAUUGCUCAGGAUUACUUAUUGGAUAUCAUCCUGAUUUUGGAUUAUAAAAACUAAUACAACAUGAUGAGCAUAAACAAUGCAAUGAUUGCCUUCCUUUUGGCGACGACACUUUGCAGUGGAUGCGGACUUGCGCAGGCCCAGUUGCUCGACGAGGACGACGACCUGGCCUUCGGCAGACCCUGGCCCACCUACAGCCUGCAGAACAUGCCCAAGACGCAGUUCACCUGCCACGACAAGAUCUUGGGCGGCUAUUACGCCGACCCGGAAACCCAGUGCCAGAUGUUCCACGUCUGCGUCAAGCUGCCCGGAGUGGGGCUCCUACACCGAAGAGCUAAUCACUUUGUCCAACAGGUGCAAGACUACCGCUUCCUCUGUCCCAACACGACGGCCUUCGACCAGGAGCUGCAGAUCUGCGCCAACUGGGUGGACGUCGACUGCGACAAGGCGACGUCCUUCUACGACAACGGCCACCUCGACGAUCUCUAUCGCGCCGGGGACGAGAGCAAGUCGGCCCACGAGGAGGAGGCCACCUUCCACCUCCAACGCGCCGAAACGGGCGAUGCCCGCCGCUCCAAGGAGUACCACAACAACAGCAACAAUCGUGGCGUGGAGCAGAAACCACGUCUUCGCCACAAUUACGCCCAGACAGGUGGCAGCUCCAGUACCAGCUCCAGUCCCAAUUCGGAGAUCACGCAACCCACAAAGCGACCCAUUUCCACCUAUUACACGCCGACCACUUUGGCCAGCAGCCCGAAAACCAGCACAACCACCACAUCGACCACAUCCACGACCGAACGCAACUUUUACAACAACAAUUACAGCAACAAUUACAGCAACAAUGACGACUCCAAGCAAGACAUAGAUGAUAUCUUCAAGGGUUCCCACAGCUCGCACUUCUUCUCCAAUCGCCACGGAGGUCGGGAAUACGACGAGGAGCCUUCGCGACCCAAGCCCAAUGACCUGUCGGAUUACCAGCGCAAGACCACGCGGGUCACGCCCACUCGAGGAUUGCAGCGAUCCACCGCCGGCCCAAGUAGUUCCACCGUCCCCAGCACCGCUGCCCCCGGAACCACCAAGUCGCUGAAGAAGAUCACCCUGCACGCUACCUUCAACACGGACUUCCUGGAUAAUGCUCCCCACACCAAGAGUUCCUCCUACAGCGUGGUCACCACUCCGCGUCCCAGUAGCAGCAUCACCAGUCGCUUUAGCUUCGGCUCCAGUGAUUUCGGCACCCAGGAGAAGAUUCAGCCCACUACUUACAAUCCCAACAAUGGAGCUUAUCGGUUUAAGACCACUUCACCACCGCAAAGUUCCACCAAGGUGACGGGCAAAGGAGUCCAGGACUUCGAGAAGCGCAGUAAGCCCACAACGGCGGCAGUGCGGAAACAGAAACUCGGUCCCCAGGAGUCCAACUACAUCAAUCAGAAUGAGUUUGUGGACCUGUCGAAGGUUCCCAAGCCUCAGCCCUUCCAAGUGGCGCAAAAUGCCAAGCCCAACCAACUGGAACCACAUUAUCAGCGACACAAGCCACAGGUCACCCGAGUGGGUGGCCAGGAGCCGGCUCCGUUUUCCGCUCCCAGUUCCAAGCCCCGUUCUUUCACCAGCCGGGGCAGCAUUACCUACAAGGCCACCACCGAGCGUAAUGUGGACCAGGAGCUGUACUACCCCACCACUAGUGCUACGACCAGGGGGAAGGAGGCCUUCACACCCACCACUUUCCGACCCACCACCUAUAAGAAACCCUAUGAGCAGAGUUACCAGACGCAGCUAACCCACCGACCCACCCACCAGGCAGUGGUCAAAAAGGUAACCACUUCCGUGACGGCAGCACCACACACCACAGCCAAUCCCAACGCGAAUGUGGAUGAGAACGAUGGGCAGUACCAUCCCGAGCUCUACGAGAACGACUUCCCCCGCAAUCGCAUCCGAUUCCUGCGCAACCGAUCCACCAGUUCCACCACCUCCACCACAAGUGCUCCGGUGGCUUCCAGCAGGCAGCCACAUGGCUUCCAGCAGGCGCACAGCCACCUGAAGAGCCAGCAGCAGUCCACCUAUCAGAAGGAGAGGGAGCGGGAGCGGGAACGGCAACGGGAAGCGGAGGCGGACCUCAGCGACGAGGAUGAGCUCUUUAAGACCGCCCAGUCCCUGAACUUCGGUGCGGCCAGCAUCAACAAAUUGAGGGCGGACAUCUACAAGGCGGAGAAGACUUCGCAGCAGUACAACUCGCAGUACAGUCCGCAGCUGGCGGCAUCUAGUCCGCAGGCCAGCAGUAGCACCACCGCUAGCACCACCACGACUACCACAUCCACAACCACCAGCACCACCACCACCCGUCGACCACCGACCACUGCCAGAACAACCACCAUUACCACGAGUGCACCACCACAGGGGGCGUCCAAGAAGUCGGUGAAGAGCAAAAAGGAGCAGCAGCAGCUGGAGAAAAAGGAGCGACCGGCCGGCAAGAGGCCUCCUCAUGCGGACGAGGACACCAGCUACGACUACGCCUACUACGAUACGGACUGAGCGGCUAUCCUGCCCAGGACUCGCACCAACUACUCGAUAGCCCUGCUCCAGAUUCCAGACAUCCCCCCUAAAUAGGUGCCACAGUAUUUUAAACAGACAGUAUCCCCAACCAUGCUCAUCAGAACUCUAAACUCCAUAUCCAUAUCCAUAUGCAUAUCUUACUUACGAACCGCUUGACACCCAUUAACACUCGCGUACAUUCAUUCAAUCCGUUUCAGAUGCGUUCUAAUGAAUUUCCAUGCGUGUAUCUAGUUAUUUAAAUAAAAAGAAUAUAUGUUUAGUCGUUAGACAAUUGUUGAAUUGAAGCGAAUUGGCAGCGAAAACCGUAUCGA